CAAAACCAUCUCCUUCCACCUCUUUCUCUCUCUCCCUAUCUGUUUACGGACUCGCUCUCCCUCUCUCUCUCCCCGUGGGCUUUUAUGGAGAACUACACUUAUACCUCCUAUGCGGACUCCGGCGAGUCUUCGCCCAGAUCCAGAGAGCUGGAGUUUGAAAACAGUGGCGCCGCUUCAUGGGAGGACCAGCCUCUCCACCAACCUUCCAAGGUCAAGUUCAUGUGCAGCUAUGGCGGCAAGAUCCAACCUCGUCCCCACGAUAACCAGCUCUCCUACACCGGCGGCGAGACCAAGAUUCUCUCUGUUGAUCGCUCCAUCAAGUUCUCCCCCCUAAUCAACAAGCUCUGCGCCCUCUGCGAGGCCGACGUCUGCUUCAAGUACCAGCUUCCCGGAGAGGAUCUCGACGCUUUGAUCUCUGUCACCAACGACGACGAUCUCGAGCACAUGAUGCACGAGUACGACCGCUUGUGUAGGCCGUCGGCCAAACCCGCCAGGCUGAGGUUGUUCCUUUUUCCCGCCACUCCGCCCAGUGUUGGCUCCGGUGACAUGAAAACCGAGCGUGAGCGGUUCUUUGAGGCUAUGAAUUCGGGUCCGAUUCAAUCCGUUGACGCGACAUCGCCUCCGGCAACCGCGCCGCCGAGCAAUGUGGAUUUUUUGUUCGGUCUGGACAAAGGGGUCUCGCCGCCUGCUCCGGUGGCGAAGUUGCCAGUUCCGGUGCCGGAGCCGCCUGUUCCGGCGGAGAUUCCGUCCUUGGUUAAUCCCGGCGGUGACGGUCGGGUUUUCGCAGCCGAUUUGGGGGUGAACCAGGCAGAGAUCCAGAGGCAAAUCCAGGAUCUGCAGAGACUGCAAAUUUCGGCUCAAGAACAAGGCGCGUAUCAGAGGAAAAGCGACGACAACAUGUACGGAGGUUAUGCCGGAGAUUACUAUGUCCAAAAAAUGCCGGAAAAGGCGCCGCCACAGUCGACGAUUCCAGCAACCGUUCCCGCCACAUACUGGCAGGAGAAACGCGCCCCUGGCGGGGGCUUUCCGGGGGGUGUGCCAGCGACGCCAGGACUACAGGAACAACCGGUGUACAUGAUUCCAGCUCCGGCGAGCGUCUAUCACACGCCAGUGGCGCGACCGGUGACUGGUCAAUCCGGUCAGGGUUACUAUGCGAUGAGGAUGGGUCCAGAUGUUUACCGUGAACAGACGCCAAUGUACAGCGUCAUGCAGCAGCCACCUGUACAGGCUACUAUGCCAGCUCCGGCGCCGAAAUUACCGAAUUACAGCGAAGGACUUGGAAUGGGACGGCCAAGCGGAGUUGGGGUGGCGGAUACGGGGUACACUCAGGUGGCGUACGAUAGUCAGGGGAGGCAGGUGUACUACACUGCGCCGGGUGGUGUAGUUGCGCCGUAUCAGACAAUGGCGGCGGUCAGCACCACAUCUGGACCGUUGAAUCAAGAGAGCGGCAAGGUAACCGCGGCCAAGCUUUCACAAGCAUCGGUGUGAGUAUCACAUUAUAUAUAUAUAUAAAAAUAUUUAUAUCUUAAUUUUCGGAAAUAAGUUAAUUAUGUGUCAUGCCUGUUUUGAAUUUUGUAAUAAUUACAACUUCUGUUUUGUAAAUAUGCCUUUGCAGAUCUUACGAAGUUUAUUAUUACUCUAAUUAAACUACAAUUAUUAUGUCAAA